CCCAAGAAGAAAAAAAACAGCAGCUCUUACAAUUUAAACGAAACUUCCUGGUGAGGAGUGAGCAGAGGGGAAGGGGUAAUAAUGGUUCCUGUUAUGAGAGGAGGAAGAGAGAAGGAUACCCCAACACUACAUAUAGGGUUGCCCAAAAGACCAUGUUUACAACUGAAGGAACAUUAAAGACAGCCAGACCCAGAUGUGGUCCCGUUCUACUAUACUCUGUCCGGGAUACACGGAUCUCCGUCCUUUAUUUCCGCGUUCGGAGUGGGAGCCUGUAGAGAGACGUUAAUAUGGCGAGCCAGCCGGCCCUCGCAUCACCAGAUGGAUCCAGUAACAGAAAUCCCCCAGAGAGAUGUCCCCGUCCUCUGUAUUCCCGGGACUCCACACAGGAACAUCAGGAGAUCCCUCAGGAGGAUCAGUUAAAAAAAUUAAAGAAUAUUAAAGUUGAAGUAAAAGAGGAGAGAGGAGAGCCACAUAUGCGGAGUGAUGAGCUGUGUAAGGAGGAGAGCACAGAACCCGGGGACCCCCGAGCUAUUCAUGAGAAAGUCAAAGAAGAGGAAAAAGGACAUUUUAACAUAAAAGAGGAAGAAACCCCUUUAGAGAUCAGCACAAAUGGAUCCAGUAAUGGGAACCCACCAGAGAGAUGUCCCAGUCCUCUUUUUUCUUCGGAUUUCACACGGGAACGUCAGAAAAACCUGCGCUGUUAUCAGUAUAAAAGGCUGAAGUAUAUCAAAGCUGAAGUGACCGAGAAAGCUGAAGGGACAUAUGUGAGGGGUGAUGAGCCGUGCGAGAAGGUGGAAAUCCCUCCAGAGAUCAGCACAGACCCCGGAGACCCUCAGAGAGACGUCAAAGCUGAGGAGGAGGAAGAAAGACCUGUGAACACAAAAGGAAAAGCUGUUCUAGAGAUCGGCAUGGACGGACAAUACAGAUUUGACAACAUGAAAAAAUAUCCCGCUACAUCUUCAGACGGCGAAAUUGCAAGAGACGAUAUCGCAGCCUGCGCUUCAGAUGAAGAAGUUGUCGCGCCAAAUCACCAGCCAGGAUCGUUGAAAGAAGAGAGGCCGUUCUCGUGUUUGGAAUGCGGGAAAUGCUUCGCUCGGAAAUACUGCCUCACCGUCCACCAGCGAAGUCACACGGGGGAGAAGCCCUUUCUGUGUUCGGAAUGCGGGAAGUGUUUUUCUCAUAAAUCCAAUCUGGAUCAGCAUCAGAGAACGCACAGCGAGGUGGAGCCCUUUUCCUGUAAUGAGUGUGGGAGACGCUUUCACACGAGGCGGAUUUUAACCACGCAUCAGAGAGCGCAUACCAGUGAAAACGUCUACACGUGUUCCAAAUGUGGCCAGAGCUUCUUUAAAAAAUUGUAUCUUAGAAGACAUGAAAGAGUUCAUAUAGGAUUGAAGCCAUACUAAUCAUGUGAAUGUGGGUUUAUGUUACCCAGGGAGAAAAUCUUGCCCCC